GCCGCUCCCAGCAUGCAGCGGGGCCGCCGCACACCGGCCUGGCCCACCAUGGCGGCGGCGGCGGCGCUCGGCGGACUGCGGGGGCUGCUGGUGGCAGCGGGUCCCGCCGGGCCCCGGGGGCGGCCGGCCCUCCCGGGCGCACGGCUCCUCCGGCGGAGUUGCCACCGGCCGGCGGGACCACCGGCCAGCCGGGAGCCUGGCCGCGGGGGGCUCCCCGAGGGGGUGGAGUACAUCCCCACGCGCAAGAAGGGCAAGAACCCGAUGAAGCCCGUGUGGGUGGCCUGGUACAGCCUGUAUGCCCGCACGCGGCUGGGCUACCUCUUCUACCAGCGGCAGGUGAAGAAGGCCCGGGAGCGGUACCCGCACGGCCACUCCGCACCCCAGCCCUGCCGCUUCCCCGGGGUGAAAAUCCUGCCCAUUCCUGUGCUCUCCAACAACUACAGCUACCUGAUCAUCGACACUGGCUCUGGCCGGGCAGCAGUUGUCGACCCUUCCGACCCACUGGCCGUGCAGGCUGCCAUUGAAGAAGAAGGGGUGAUGCUGGAGGCCAUAUUCUGCACCCACAAACACUGGGACCACAGUGGGGGGAACGCGGCGCUCCGCCAGCAGCACGGCUCCUGCAAGGUGUACGGCAGCGCCCUCGACGCCAUCCCGGAGCUCACCAACCCGCUUGCAGACAGGGAGAAGGUGAGCGUGGGCUGCCUGACCUUCGAGGCGCUCUCCACGCCCGGCCACACUGUGGGCCAUAUGGUAUAUGUGCUGGAUGGGGGGCCCUUCGGUGGCCCCCCCUGCCUCUUCUCGGGGGACCUCCUCUUCCUCGCUGGCUGCGGCAGGCUGUUUGAGGGCUCCCCCGAGACCAUGCUCGCCUCCCUGGACGUGGCCGUGGGCUUGGGCGAGGACACGCUGCUGUGGCCAGGCCACGAGUACGCACUGGAGUGCUUGACCUUCGCCAGCCUCCUGGAGCUGGACAACCCCGCGCUGGAGCAGAAGCUGCGGUGGGCGACGCAUCAGCGCCAGGAGAAGAGGAGCACGUGUCCCUCCACGCUGGGGGAGGAGCAGACCUACAACCCCUUCCUGCGGACCCACCGGCCGGAGCUGCAGGCAGCGCUGGGGCUGCGGCGGGGCGGGGGGGAGCACCCCGACGCCUUCCGUGCCCGCGUCCUGAAGGAGGUGCGGAGGCGCAAGGACCUCUACAAAGCCACCUAGACCCCCAGCCCUCCCCAGACACCCCCCUUUUCCGUGGGGCUGGGUGCCACUCAGGCAUGGGGGGCCCGAGACUCUGUGAUUUGUUUUGCUGUGAAUCUUCCCCCUGGGAUGCAGGGUUGAGGGUGGGUAAGAGUGGACCCUCCCGUGUGAGCACCCCCGUAAGCGAUCCCUGCCUUUGCUCCCCCAGACUUGGGGGUCACCAGCUGUCAUGUAGAAACACGUCGAUCCCUUUUCUGGGAUUCUGUAGCCCCACCCCCACCCCACUUCUGGGGCUGUAGGGACGGCACCAAGGGCUUUUCCUACCCCCUCCUCCCCUGUUUUUCUAGGAGCCCCCGAUUUCCCCCCCCUCCCCCAGCACUCAGGGAACCCCUCCUACCCCUGGCUGCCCCCAGUGCUGUGCAUCAACUUUGGCGGGGGGCCUUUAUGGAGCCAGCAAGGGGGCGAGGGUGUAGUACUAUCUCCAGGCAAGGGGCUCUUCUGCACCCCACCCUUGGUGCUGGAGCCCCCCCCCCGCUCACACAGACACACCCAGAUGGGGCCAUGGGGGCACACUGAGGGGGUGUAAGGGUGUGCUGCUGUACUGGGGACUGGAUCCCCCUCUCCCUCAAACCCCCCGAAUUAAAAGACUGGAUCGGA